GCUUGCCUGCCUGCCUACUUGGAUGCCUGAGUACUUUGCCGGCUGCCUGAAUAGUCUGAUGGUGCCAGUGCAAUCCCACAAUUCAAGCCUGUACGGUAGAGCAGCGACAGUCCUGUCCCGACCCGUCGGCCAGUGUGGUGGGGGUAAACCUUUUUCAAGUGUAGUAAUGCGAACUGCCGCGGAGUGGGGGAACGGGGGCGCUGCAUGCAUUGUUGGCGCGGCUGCUCGAGGGAGGCGACAGAACGGCGCCAGCCGUCCAAGAGUCCCGGAUCGGUCUCAUCAGAAAGGAACCAGGCUGUGUUUGUACGAGGGCUGGAAUAUUCCCCGGAGGCCAGAGACUGUUUAUCGUCGGCUAUUCCUGCGAAAGAAGAGGAGUAAGAAGACGAGAGAAGAGAAAAGAAAAAAAAAGAAACCAGAGUCCCGAGUCGAACCGACGUCUUGUCAGCAUGCAGUGUGUUGUAUAAGGAAGGAAUGCGCGACACCUGCGCCCUCAAAAUUUAAGGACAGUAUACCAACGUGAAGAAACGAAAUUCUACACAGGCAACGUUGGACAAUGAGAAUUCACGUGGACAGUGACCCAAGCCAAGGACACUUCUGUCGACCAUCUGGAACAGACCAAGUGGGCCGUAUUUGGUUUCUGGUUAAUUGGAAAGUUUUUCCCAGCUGAUAACGUGGCAGUAGGGAAAAACGAUAAUGCACAGUACAAACAACGAACUGCCUGGGUCGCGCAUAUAGAUACAGUCGAAGAUUAUCGACGGAGCAAUAUUUACGCGCGGAAAAUGACACGUCGUGCCUGACUUCUGAAAAGUUCCGUUCUUACCACGGAGGUAAGGCUCCGUUCACAAGAAAAUAUCAGAUACAAAUUCUAUCGCCUUACGCGCCAUACGCUUUCCGAUGAGACUAAGCACACGUCAUAUUCCUUCCAGAUUCUCAAUUUCAGUAUCAGCUGUUCUACAUACACGGUGGUAAAUACUUUCGUACGUAACGUUAAACACGUGUUUCGGUACAGGAACGAUUUGGUAACAAAAAAUCAUCGGGUCAUAUGCACUGGCCUUAUGCAAGGGCGAGGGUGUAUCACGUGUAUAGUCCCAUCUCUCUUUGAACCCAUCAAAUUCUUUUUUCUUUUUUUCGAACCUACGUCAACUAAUCUUGAGCUAAGACAAGUGGAGCUUUAACCUCGAGACAGUUGUUCGCGUCAGACAGCGUCAGGCAGCGUCAGGCAGUAUCAGGGAUUCACUUAGGGAUGUACGUUGAGUCAGCCUGCAUUGGCUGAGGUAUACGUCAUAUGCAGGUACCGUGUACAUACGUAUGUAUGUAUACGGGGAUAUCGAUAAAACUUUUUUAAUUUUGUAAUAAUUUAAAUAAUUUUUUUUUAUAUGAGGUAUAGAUUCUUGUUCCCAGACAUUUUGGAGCCUUCCUAUCUUUUUAUGUGUCUAAUUAAAGAGAUAUCUCUGACAGAUCGAGCAGUCGCCAAGGCGAUAAUAAAAAAGCAGAACAGACUUUAGUCAGGCUUGUUCCGUCUUAUAGUAAAACCCGUAUAGCGUCACCUUAUGGCCGAAGCCCGUAGCAGGGUGGCGUUCUAUAUUUACGGUGGUAUAAUAUAACGGGGCGUACAUUCACCCCGGGUUAUUCUAUUGGGACACGUGGUGCACCCUCCCUUCUGUACUGCCAGGUCAUGUCAAUUUUGGGACUGACUGUGACACGUGCUUUUACAUUAGAAAGGCGUUUAAGGACUUUUAUGCGCGUAAUAGUUAC